ACAAUGAGGCAAUAGAGAUGCUUCCCUUUGUGAUCGUCACCCUGGGCUCUGCAGGGACUACCUGCAGGUCCUCCAGCUGCAACAACAGCAGCACCAAGGAUUACUGCUACAGUGCGCGCAUCCGCAGUACUGUACUGCAGGGAUUGCCCUUCGGAGGGGUGCCUACUGUCCUCGCCCUCGAUUUCAUGUGCUUUCUUGCACUGCUGUUUGUUUUUUCCAUUUUGCGCAAAGUGGCCUGGGAUUAUGGACGUCUGGCAUUGGUAACUGAUGCUGACAGGCAACGACGCUGGCAACAGGAGCAAGAGGAAAGGGAAUAUGUUGCGUCUGCUCUACACUCUGAUAGCCAUGAUCGCUAUGAACGCCUCACUUCUGUCUCCAGCUCAGUGGAUUUUGACCAAAGAGACAAUGGUUUUUGCUCCUGGUUGACAGCAAUCUUCAGGAUAAAGGAUGAUGAAAUCAGGGAUAAGUGUGGGGCAGAUGCAGUCCAUUACCUCUCCUUCCAGCGGCAUAUCAUUGGGUUGCUAGUUGCCGUAGGUGUCCUAUCUGUGGGAAUUGUCUUGCCAGUGAAUUUCUCAGGGGAUCUUCUUGAAAAUAACCCCUACAGUUUUGGCAGAACAACUAUUGCUAACCUGAAUUCUGGGAAUAACCUCUUAUGGCUGCACACUACUUUUGCCUUCUUGUAUUUGCUGUUAACUGUGUACAGCAUGCGUCGCCACACUUCAAAGAUGCGCUACAAGGAGGAUGACUUGGUGAAACGGACUCUCUUCAUAAAUGGCAUCUCAAAAUAUGCGGAACCUGAAAAGAUCAAAAAGCAUUUUGAGGAGGCCUAUACAAAUUGCACAGUGCUGGAAGCACGGCCCUGCUAUGAUGUAGCCCGGCUGAUGUUCCUUGAUGCAGAAAGAAAAAAGGCAGAACGUGGAAAAAUCUACUUUACCAAUUUGCAGACCAAAGAGAAUACCCCCACAAUGAUCAACCCAAAACCCUGUGGCCAUCUCUGCUGUUGUGCUAUCAAAGGCUGUGAAGAGGUGGAAGCCAUUGAGUACUAUACCAGCCUGGAGGAGAAGCUGAAAGAGGACUACAAGAAGGAAAAAGAAAACGUCAAUGAGAAGCCACUGGGCAUGGCAUUUGUGACUUUCCAUAAUGAGGCCAUAACCGCUAUAAUCCUUAAAGACUUCAAUGCUUGCAAGUGCCAGGGCUGCAAAUGUCGUGGGGAGCCCAAGGCUUCUUCCUGCAGCGAGUCUCUCCACAUUUCAAACUGGGCAGUCUCUUAUGCACCUGACCCUCAAAACAUCUACUGGGAGCAUCUCUCAAUACGUGGCUUCUUCUGGUGGUUCCGCUGCCUGAUCAUCAAUGUGGUGCUCUUCAUCUUGCUGUUCUUUCUCACCACACCUGCCAUUAUCAUCACCACAAUGGACAAGUUCAAUGUCACUAAGCCUGUCGAAUACCUGAAUAACCCUAUCAUCACCCAAUUCUUCCCUACUCUAUUACUGUGGUGCUUCUCUGCUUUGCUUCCUACAAUUGUGUAUUAUUCAGCAUUCUUUGAAGCUCAUUGGACUAGGUCUGGAGAGAACAGGACAACCAUGCACAAGUGUUACACUUUCCUCAUCUUCAUGGUCUUGUUGCUGCCAUCACUGGGCCUGAGCAGUUUGGAUGUGUUUUUCCGCUGGCUCUUUGAUAAAAAGUUCUUGGCUGAAGCUGCCGUAAGAUUUGAAUGCGUUUUCUUACCAGACAAUGGGGCCUUUUUUGUGAACUAUGUAAUAGCUUCUGCAUUCAUCGGAAAUGCCAUGGAUUUGCUGCGCAUCCCUGGUUUGCUUAUGUACAUGAUUCGGCUUUGUCUUGCCCGCUCAGCCGCUGAACGCAGGAAUGUCAAAAGGCAUCAAGCUUAUGAAUUCCAGUUUGGAGCUGCUUAUGCCUGGAUGAUGUGUGUCUUCACUGUGGUUAUGACUUACAGCAUCACGUGCCCCAUCAUUGUUCCCUUUGGUCUGAUGUAUAUGUUACUGAAGCACUUGGUGGACAGAUACAACCUCUAUUAUGCUUACCUACCAGCCAAGUUGGACAAGAAGAUUCAUUCAGGGGCUGUGAAUCAGGUGGUGGCAGCACCCAUUCUAUGCCUCUUUUGGCUCCUUUUCUUCUCUACUGUGCGCACAGGAUUCUUGGCUCUCACGUCCAUGUUUACUUUCGUGGUUCUUGUCAUCACUAUUGUGAUCUGCCUAUGUCAUGUCUGCUUUGGACACUUCAAAUACCUCAGUGCUCACAAUUAUAAGAUUGACCACACAGAGGCAGAUGCUGUGGAUGGAAGAGAGAAUGGGCGGCCUGCUGCCAGUCAACCUCCGGCCCCUAAAUCAGCUAAAUACAUUGCCCAGGUGCUACAGGAUUCUCCACCAGACGGUGACAUGGCUGAGUCUGAAGAACAGGGCUCCCAGGACGAGGAUCUCAUCAACCCCAAUGGCAUUAAUGACACAGAUUUCCAAUCGUGUGAGGACAGCCUGAUAGAAAACGAAGUCCAUCAUUAGGGA